AUGUCUGGUAUCAAAGGAAGAGUAUAUGCAAUUACUGGUGCAGCGUCGGGCAUUGGACGUGCUUCUGCAGUCCGCCUAGCGGAACUUGGGGCUGGAGGACUGGCCAUUUGCGAUGUCAACGUCGAUGGUCUCAACAAAACAAAGGAAUUAUGCUCACAGGCAGGUACCAAAGUCAUAGCUUCAACAGUUGACGUCCGGAGCCAGCAACAGGUCCAGAAUUGGAUUGACAGCACCGUUGCUGAGUUCGGACGUCUCGAUGGAGCCGCCAACAUUGCUGGUAUCGCAGGGGGAGAAGGCAGUACAACUUGCGCGACAAUUGAAGAGUCUGACUGGGAUCGAAUGAUGGAUGUUAAUCUCAAAGGCGUCAUGUGGUGCAUGAGAGCCCAGAUUCCGCAUCUCCCUCGUCCAGGAGGAGCCAUCGUCAACAUCUCCAGCACCUCCGGUCUUAGAGGCUUCCCUCACAAUGCAGCUUAUUCAUCGAGCAAGUUUGGAGUCAUCGGCCUUACAUCGUCUGUUGCUGGCGAGUUUGGCACUGAGGGUAUUCGCAUCAACUCUCUUCUCCCUGGACCGAUCCGAACUGAGAUGUUUGAGGCGGGUGAAGCGAAGGGGUUGUUUGACUCGGAGAAGAUCAGCAAGUUGACAUGCCUUGGUCGUAUGGGCAAACCUGACGAGGUGGCUAAGGUUCUGUGUUUUUUGUUGAGCGAUGAUGCGUCAUAUGUCACUGGUGCACAAUGGACUGUGGAUGGAGGGUAUGCUGCCUGCUGA